ACCAGGUUCUUUUUAAGUUUUUCUUAUUUUAUUAAUUUUAAAGGUUCAGAUGGGAAUUAAAACCGAUUAUUUACUGUUGAGGAGAUGUGUAAUUAUGUGUAAAUAUCGUAAGAUCAUAUAAUCGUUUAAAUCAAGGCAUUCCACAAUAGCGGCAUUAUCGUACAGGGAUAGUCGGUUUGUAAUACCUGCAUUGCUUCAACAAUAGGCAUUCGACUCAUGCCACCAUCUGGUGAGGACACUGAUAUUCGGCCGUAUCGCAUGCCGACUGUCGUUAAGACAAGAUUCUACUGUUUUACUGCAUUGCGACAAUACCAGCAUCUUACUUUAGAGACGAUAAUCUGUCUACGUUAAAUACACCAACGAUGUCCGCUCAAACUAAACCCUUUAUCUCAUCGCUUGGUUCCUGUUCGUUGACGAAUACGGAAAGUAUUUCAUCAGCCUUUGGAGCUUCGACUACAUCAGAGGAAAGUAAAACCUCAGCCCUUGGUGUGUUGAAUUCGUCAGCGGACAGUCAACCAUCACUCGUUGGUGAGUUGAAUUUGUCAGCGGAUAGUAAACCAUCAGCCUUUGGUGCGUUGAAUUCGUCAGGGGAUAGUAAACCAUCAGCCUUUGGUGCGUUGAAUUCGUCAGCGGAUAGUAAACCAUCAGCUUUUGGUACGAUGAAUUCGUCAGCGGAUAGUAAGCCAUUGGCCUUUGGUGCGUUGAAUUCGUCAGCGGAUAGUAGAACAUCAGCCUUUGGUGCGAUGAAUUCGUCAGCGGAAAGUAAACCAUCACUUUUUGGUACGUAUAAUUCGUCAGCGGAAAGUAAGCCACCAUCCCUUGGGGCGUUGAAUUCGUUAGCAGAUAGUGGACCAUCAGCCGUUGGUGCGUUGAAUUCGUCAGCGGAAAGUAAACCAUCACUCUUAGGUACAUUGAACACAUCAGAGGAGAGUAAACCAUCACUCUUUGGUACAUUGAACACAUCAGAGGAGAGUAAACCAUCACUCUUUGGUACAUUGAACACACCAGAGGAGAGUAAACCAUCAGCCUUUGGUACAUUGAACACAUCAACGGAAAGUAAACCAUCACUCUUAGGUACAUUGAACACAUCAGAGGAGAGUAAACCAUCACUCUUUGGUACAUUGAACACAUCAGAGGAGAGUAAACCAUCAGCCUUUGGUACAUUGAACACAUCAACGGAAAGUAAGCCACCACUCUUUGGUACAUUGAACACAUCACCGGAAAGGAAACCACCAUUCUUUGGUACAUUGAACACAUCAACGGAAAGUAAGCCACCACUCUUUGGUACAUUGAACACAUCACCGGAAAGGAAACCAUCACUCUUUGGUACAUUGAACACAUCAGAGGAGAGUAAACCAUCACUCUUUGGUACAUUGAACACAUCAACGGAGAGUAAACCAUCACUCUUUGGUACAUUGAACACAUCAACGGAGAGUAAACCACCACUCUUUGGUACAUUGAACACAUCAGCGGAAAGUAAGCCAUCACUCUUUGGUACAUUGAACACAUCAACGGAAAGUAAACCAUCACUCUUCGGUACAUUGAACACAUCAGCGGAAAGUAAAGCGUCAAGCUCUUGGAGGACGGCUACAGAAAGUAAACCAUUACCAUUUGGCACGACGACUUUAUCUGUGGAAAGUAAAGCAUCAUUCUUUGAAUCGUCGAGGAAGUCCGUAGAGAGUAAACCAUUUGUCUUUGGUUCGUUGGCGACGUCUACGGAAGAUAAACCAUUGUUUACGAUUUCCACGGGAAGUAAAACUACAAGAGUUAACAUGACACCGCGCAGUUCUAUUGGAGUUAAAUCAUUAUUAACGACGUCCACGAAAAGUAAAUCAUUAGGUUCGAGUUCGAUGAUGAUCCCUGUAAGCAGUUUUGGUACAUUGUCGACGACAGCGGAAAGUCAACCCUUUGGAAGUUUGGGUUCAUCGACAACGUCCGUGUUUCCAGAAAUAGUUUCAAUUUCAACUGGUGAAGGCGGAUUAUUUACAGUUCCUUUGGCUUUGCUUACAAAAGAGAAGGGCAGCACUCUGGCUGCAAUGUUUGAAGGGCACUCACCUUUAAGAAAACUUCCUGACGGAACCUUCUACAUAGACGUGGAUAAGGAGUCGUUCCAAGAGAUUAUGGAUUUUUUGCGCUACAAUCUGCAUCCGCAAAUUUGUCGUGGUGGAGAAAAGGGGUUUUCGGAAAGACGAAUAUUGAGAUUGUUCAAAGCAGCAGAGAAGUUGGGCCUUUAUAAGUUGAUGUCGAUCAUAAAACAGUUAGAACCAGUUCAGCAUUAUUUAGAAUUGAACGACAAAGAUAUUGUCGAUGCUGUAGGUCUUGUUUUGUCAAGAUUGGAAAGAAGGGUCCUGAAACGAUCUGGACAUUUCAGCAUUCGACUGGAUUGUGUUAGGCAUUGUCUUGAUGAUCUAAAAAAAAGUUGUACUCACGACUGUGAUAUAAACAUAUUCCACGCUAAGAUUUAUUUGAAGGAUGUUGAAAGCCAUACGUUAGAGAUGAUAUGCUGUAGCCUAAAAGAGAAGGGUUUUGAUGUCGAAGGAGUUGAAAUAUUUUGUGAUUUCGUUUGCAAGGAGCAUAGCCAGAAACCACAGAAUAAGCCUUGCUGUAGCCGCGUAUCAUACAUUGUAAAAUUUCUUUGCAAUGAUGUCGUAUCUGUUAAAAGACAGCCUUCGUCUUUGUUUGUACUUAUGAACAAAAAAGAGGGAAAUCCCAGUUCAACUAAAAAGCAGACUGAACUCCAGUGUACGACAACUAGUACACAGACGGAAGGGAAACAGCCUGGUUUGGACAGACCGGAAAUUCAGGCAGUUGAUGUUUACGAGUAUAGCCCUGGAAACGAGGACUCCGGUGUAUUUCUGAAGAACAGUGAAGAGCCGUGAGCAUGAUGACACACAAUCGCCGAAGAUACCGUGCAGAGCCUGCAAUACUUGGCGAGGUUUUUAACUGAAUUGAAUGGAAAUGACUUGGUAGCAUAUACAAACAUAGUCAUUCUUUUAACUGUGAAAGCUGAGAGUUUUUUUAAAAAAAGUUUCUGUCUGAAGGAAAAAUUUGGGAAUUGCUUACAGUGUACUUGUAUGUGAAGUUUAUUUUAUUUCUUCGAACUAUUAGGGCGUGUAAGGUCUCUUUCACGGAUCUUUAAUGUCUUAUUUAAGAAGCCGUUUUUCUGUCUUUGACAGAUGUAAAUGCUGCAGGUGUUAGAUAGAGCUGAAUGUAUGAUGAAAUGUUAUAUAAAUGUGAAUGUAUGAUGAAAUUUUAUAUAAGCUGUAUACAUGAUGAAAUUUUAUAUAAGCUGUACACAUGAUGAAAUAGUAUUAAAAGUUGUAUCUAUGAUAACAUGAUAUAUUCUUGAAAGUAAUAAUCGAUAAGGUUUUAUAUAAUCUAAUUUCAGUGUAUUAAAAUGUAUCAAUAC